GCGAGCGCCUGUUCCUCCCACCGCUGCGCCCGGGAUCCGCAGCUCCUCCAGCGGGUCAAAACCUCCGAACACCCCGUGCCCUCCCCCCCAGUCCUCCGUGUCCCCCCCGGGGGCUGUCUCCGGUCAUGCCCCGGCGGUCGUAGCGGGCUCGGGCUUCACCAUGAGCGGCUGGAGCGCUGCGCAGUGCCGCUUCGUGCACUACUUCGCGGUGUGCGGACUGGACCCUCAGAGCGGACUGGAGCCGGACCGGUUGGCGGCUCUGUGUCGGUAUCUGGAGUCGGAGCGAAGCGGCGAGUCCUGCCCCGAAAACCACACAGAGCCGGGUCUGGAGCACACGACGUUCCGCUCCAAAGUUCUGGCUCGAUUCCCGGAGAAUGUGGACGGAAAUCCCUUCGACCAGGACGCCGUCAGUAUGCUGUGCAUUCCCGACGGUCUGUCGUUCCACACUCGUCCUCUCCCUCCGCGCUUCCACUCGUUCCUCAUCACUCGUGAGGACUUCAGUCGGACGUACGGCUUCGUCCUCACCUUCUACGAACGGGUGAGCGUCGCCGUGGAGACGCUGCUCCACCUCCGACACCCGACCCACCAGACCAGAAACUCUCCCUCCAGCCCGUCCUCGUCCUCGUCCAUGGACUCCCUGUCGAGCGGGGGCGGUGGCGCAGACCCGUGCCCGUCCGAAGGCGUCCGGUCAGAGCGGUCGUGCGGCGCCCUGUUCGUGCCCAAAGCUCUGUGCAUCAUCGCGCCGUUGCCUUUUAUGGGCGCGUGCCGCAGCUUCCUGUGGCAGCUGCACCGCGCUGUGAUGUCCGAGACUCCGCCCCCUCUGCCCCUGGAGAGCUACGUGUACAACCUGCUCUACGAGGUGCCGCUGCCCGCCCCGGGACGCUCUCUGAGGUUCCAGGGCGUGUACGAGCCAAUCGUGUGCCAGCGCCCGGGGCCCGCCGAGCUCCCAUUGGCUGAUUUCCCCCUGAGCGACGUCAUCGCUCUGCUGGGAUUGGACAACCUGGUCCAGGUGUUCACCUGCACGCUGCUGGAGAUGCAGGUGCUGCUCUACUCCCACGACCCUCAGCGUGUGGUGAGCGCGUGCGAGUGUUUGUCGUCGUUGUUGUUUCCGUUCCAGUGGCAGCACGUUUACGUUCCUCUGCUCCCGUCGUCGCUCCGUCACUUCCUGGACGCUCCGGUGCCGUACCUCAUGGGUCUGCAGGGCCGAGGCGACGGGGACCGCACCUGUCUGGACCUGCCGCAGGAGGCGAACUUGUGCUUCGUGGACUUGGAUCGUCGUUCCGUGGAUCUUCCGGAGGAUUUUCCUCAGUUUCCUCUGAAGUCGGAUCUGAUCCAGGAUCUGUUGGACGUCCUGCAGAGCUCCGCCUCCUCCGGCCCGGAGUCCAGCUCGUGUCCCGGGUCGCCGCGUCCGGCCAGCUCGCCCUGCACCCCCGCCGCCCCCCGCAGGAACAGCCUGGAGGCGCUCGACCGACGCAACGGCAACCUGCCCCCCGACCGCCCCCAACCCCGCCGCAACGCCGCCGUGCUGGAGCUGCUGCAGAACAACGAGACGCUGGAGCGGCUGGAGGCUCUGACCCGACGCACGGGGGUCAGCGUCGCCAGGGUGGACGCGCUCAGGGCGGGGGUCAAAGGUCAAAGCACCGAGAGGGAGGGGCGGCGUCCGAGCUCGCGCCUGGAGGAGGAGAAGAGGGCGGCCGUCCUGAACGCUCAGCUCAGGGAAGUCUUCGCCGAUCACUUCACGUCCAUGUUCUGCGACUACGAGACGUUCGUGGUCCAGAGCGGCUCCGACCUCCACACGUGGCUCACGGCGCGAGAAAACAUGCACAACUUUGACAAGGCGUCCUUCCUGUCGGAGCAGCCUGAGUUCUUUCUUCCGUUUCUCUCUCGUUUCAUCGAGACUCAGAUGUUUGCGUCGUUCAUCGAUCAGAAGAUCAUGUCUCAGUGGGAGCAGAAGGAGGCGCUGCUGCGAGUCUUCGACCAGCGAGUCCACGAGAAGAAACGCCACCAGCUCCGAGCGCCCAACCUCACCUCCACCCACGGCUCCGCCCACAGCGCCCGCCGCACCACCCUCUGCGACGCCGCUCGGGCGGUGGAGCAGAGGUUCCAGAACAUCGACCACACGGCCGUUCUCCCUCAUCUCCUCAACAUGAAGAUCGGAGAAGGACGAUUCGAGCCGGGACACUUCCCCGACCUGAAGAGAGACGCCCUCAACAGCGCCCCCAACAGAUGGAGUCACAGAGGUCCAGCGCCCCCUGCUGCUCCUCACAGACAAACACAGACCCCCGGGAAAACAGAACAACGACUGGACAACGAGCAGAAGGAGCUGCAGGAGUCUCGUGCUCUGGGGAAGUCUUCUCUCCGUCAGCCCAAACUCUCCGACGUGUCUCCGGCCGUGAUCGCUCAGACCAACUGGAAGUUUGUGGAGGGUCUCCUCAAAGAGUGUCGCCUCAAGACGAAGCGCCUCCUUGUGGCUAAGAUGGGCGGUGAGGCGGUGGAGUUGGGUCAUGGAGAAGCUCUGAUCUCUGGUUUGGAGGAGAACACUCUGGUGGCGUCUCUGUGUGACCUCCUCGAACGAAUCUGGAGCCACGGGCUGCUCGUCAAACAGGGGAAGUCGUCUCUCUGGUCUCAUCUGCUCCAUUAUCAGGCCCGAGAAGAACGACUGGAACAACAGGCUCAGAACACACAAGGUGAUGAGGAGAGGAGGAGGAGGAGGUCUGACUGCAGUCUUCAGAAUUCUGCUCGUGUUUCUCUUCUUCAGGACAUGAGACAUGUGCAGCUGAUGUCCGAGAUCAAGACCGACGUGGGCCGAGCUCGUGCCUGGAUCCGUCUCUCUCUGGAGAAGAAGACGCUCUCACAACAUCUCAGACAACUUCUGUCCAGAGCAGGACUGACCAAGAAGUUGUACAAACGUUACGCGUUCCUGCGCUGUGAGGACGAGAGGGAGCAGUUCCUCUUCCACCUUCUGUCCCUCAACGCCGUCGACUAUUUCUGCUUCACCAACGUCUACACCACCAUCAUGAUCUCGUACCGCGUGGCCAUCGUCCCGGUGAAGAAGUUCAGUAACAGUCUGCUGACGUCCAACCCGUGGGUGUGUGUGUCCGGGGAGCUCAGGGACUCGGGGGUCAGGGCCAUCCCCAAAAACCUGCUGGAGAUGGGCUUCGACUGUCAGAACCUGGGCCGCCUGACCACGCUGCAGAUCGGGCACGACAACGCCGGGCUCCUCGCCAAGUGGCUCCUGGACUGUGUCCUGGUCCGGAACGAGGUCACGGGACACACCUACAGAUUCCCGUGUGGCCGGUGGCUGGGGAAAGGCGUGGACGAUGGGAGUCUGGAGCGCGUGCUGAUCGGGGAGCUGCUGCCCCCUGGUGGAGGCGCUGAGGAGGAGGCCGGACGAGGGAGUGCCACCCCCCCCCAGCAGAGCUCGCCGUCCCAGACGCGACGCAUCAGCCUCAGCAGCAUCACCGCCAAAGGAAUCAAGCCGACGUCGGGGCAGAUCCAGGACGCGGUCGGAGAAGUCGUCAACAACAUGAUCAAGCACUUCCACAAACCCGAGAAAGAGAGGGGCAGUCUGACGGUGCUGUUGUGUGGAGACAACAGUCUGGUCACGGCUCUGGAGCAGCUCUUCGCUCACGGCUUCAAAUCCUCCCGACUCUUCCAGAAAAACAUCUUCGUCUGGGACUUUGUGGAGAAAGCCUGUGCCCACCUGGCGUCUGCGCAGCGGGCGGAGGACCUCAGGGACCUCGGGGACCACGGGGACCACGGGGACCAGGAUCGUUCUUUCGCCCGAUACGUUCAGGCCAUAAACUCGUCAUCUCGGAGCAUCGGGAAGGACGGGAAGUUCCAGCUGCUCGUGUGUUUGGGAACCAGGGACCGUGUUCUGGCUCAGUGGCUCCCCCUGUUGUCCUCGUGUCCCGUUACGGCUCAGUACUACGAGGACUGGGCUCUGCUCCGAGACUCUGCCGCCGUCGAGAGUCUGAGUCAGGUCCUGCUCACUCUGCACCACUUCCCCCUGACGCUCGAGGCCUCGCUGGUCAAAGGAAUACGGCUCUGAACCGGGACCGGACCGGGACUGGACCAGGACUCAGUCUGGAUCUCACGCUGAUUCUCAAAAAAUUCACCAAAGCAAAGUUCCAUAAGAAGAAGAAACUCAGGAACAAAACCAGGACUAAAUCCAGUCUAAACCAGGACUGGACUAGGACUGGACUAGGACUGGACCAGGACUGGACCAGGACUGGACCAGGACUGGACCAGGACUGGACCAGGACUGGACCAGGACUGGACUAGGACUGGACCAGGACUCCACCAGGACUCAGUCUGGAUCUAGCGCUGCUUCUCAGUCUGGACUAAAAUUUCUGAAAAAAUGAAAGAAGCCAAGUUCUAUAAAGAGGAGAAACUCAGGAGCAAAACCAGGACUAAACCCGGUCUAAACCAGGACUAUACCAGGACUAAACCAGGACUAUCCCAGGACUAUCCCAGGACUAAAGCGUUGCUGUAGAGAUGCUCUUGUCAUGUACAGUGUUUUCAUUGUGUAAAUAUGUGUGAAUAAUUAGAAAUGUGAUGUUUAUUUUUGUACUUUUUAAGAUGUGAUUAAAAUAUGAAAAAA